CUAUGACCGCGACUUGCGAACGAAACUUGUUAUUACGCCGUGUCACAGAAAAUCAGUUAUUUUGCUCACGCUACGGCGUUUUCGACUUGUUGUGACAUCGGAACAACGUCUGUGUACGUACUGCAUCCAUUUUCCAAAGUGUUAGCGAAUCAAAAUCCCGAAUGCAGUCGUUGCGAAGUUGUGUUCCCACUUUGGCCAUGUGACAGUAAAGUGGCCGUGCCCGGGCUCUAAUUUUGCGCAUCUGUGCGUCUGCGCCGACACAGAAGCGGGAUUCAAUAUGUGGUCAUGGAGGAAGUACGCUCGCUCGCGAGUGAUCCUCGCGUUGCACGACUUGUGCCACGGUAGGCGGCCUAUGUCGGAUGUUCGAGUGCGGUUUGCGCCCAGCCCUACUGGCGAGAUGCACCUGGGAAGCCUGAGGACAGCCCUCUACAAUUACCUCUUUGCAAGAAAGUACGGUGGCAAGUUUCUUCUCAGGAUCGAGGACACGGAUCAGUCACGGGUAGUUCCUGGAGCAGCUGAGAGGAUUGUGGACACGCUGUGCUGGGCUGGCCUCUGUCCCGAUGAAGGCCCUGGUCUGGGCGGCAGUGUAGGUCCUUAUGUGCAGUCUCAAAGGAUAAACUUCUACCAAGAGUAUGCCCACAGGCUUCUUGAGACUGGCCAUGCCUACCGGUGUUACUGCUCAGAGGCACGGCUGGAAAUUCUCCGGAAGAAUGCCCUACGAAAUCAGGAACUGCCUCGUUAUGACAACCGGUGUCGUUCGCUGGAAAAGAAGCCACCAGGACAGCAGCCCUAUGUGAUUCGCUUAAAGCUGACAGAAGGCAACCUGACAUUUCAAGAUGGCGUUCAUGGACCAGUAACCCUCAAUUUGGCUCAAACGGAAGGAGAUCCUGUGAUCCUGAAAAGUGAUGGUUUCCCAACAUACCACUUAGCAUGCGUUGUGGAUGACCGGCUCAUGAGGGUUACUGAUGUGCUGCGAGGUGUCGAGUGGCAGGUCUCAACCCCCAAGCACCUGAUGCUGUACAGCGCUCUCGGCUGGGAGCCACCCCGCUUCUGGCACCUGCCUCUGCUACUGAACAAGGAUGGCACCAAGCUUUCCAAGCGUCGGGACGACAUCCGUGUGGAAAAACUGAGAGAGCAAGGCUUCUCACCUGAAGCUGUGCUCAACCUACUGGUGUUGGCAGGAGGUGGGUUUGGCAAGCAGUACAAGGAUCAGUUCCUUCGGCUCUCUGAAAUGGUUGACCAGUUUUCACCUGACGACUUGAAGGCAGGCUCCUGUCGUCUGGACACUGACCGGCUUCAGUCCUUGAACAAGCUGCACCUGCAUUCGUGCCUUGGCUCAGAGGAUGGUACGCGGAUGCUUGCCAGGCAGUUGCAACAGCUUCUUGCUGAGCAGGAAAGCUCUGCAGUUAGCACGUCCUUUUCUGAGCACGACAUCAUCCAUGUUCUGCACCAAACCAAGGAGCGGAUUGACAGCUUGCACGAUCUGCUUACUCCGGAUAUGGCAUUCAUCUGGUCCGAUCCAGUUCUAAGUGGCCAAGACCAGCAGAAACCUGAAGUUGUUGCAGCAGUUAGCCACUUGUGCAGCCAGUUGAAAAGCUUCAACAGCAGCCAGUACAAUAAUGAUUCCUUGAGCCAACUGCUGAGAUCGGUGGCUUCAGAAGCUGGGCUCAAGUACAGUGACUUCAUGCGGCAUUUGCGUGUGCUGCUUAGCGGACUCAAGCAAGGGCCAGGCGUAGCCGAAAUGAUGCUGCUCCUGGGGAAAGAGCGAACAUUACACCGCCUGCAGCGAGUUCCAGGCACUACUAACAAUGCCAGUUUUGGGGCUGUCAAGGAAGCCUAAUCAGGAGCGUCUGUUAUACCAAGUGAGGUGUUACCAGCACAACUUGCUUUCGGCUUGUUGCCAGCUCGGAGAACGCCGUCCAACUUCCCUUGCCACCUUGAUGCCAGCUGUAGUUGCUGUUGUCACAUCAGCAGCUGUUUGAGUGUGUGGUAAACAAGCUGAGUCAUGAUUUUGUCCCCAGUAGAGUCGAGACCAAGUGGAAGAUCUGGAUGCCACAGGUACCAUGAAAAGAAUGAAUUUCUUCACAGCCAAGAGAUACUUUGUGAAACUGAAUGGUGCUGUGCACACACAUGUGCACAACUGCUACUCUCCAGCAGUUCAUGCAGUUCAUGCAGCACACAUUAGGCACAAGGAGGUCAAUUUCUUUUUUGUUUAUGGCUACUGUAGUAUCCAGACUUAUGUGCCCGACAGUGCCCGAGUUCUAGCCUCUGUGUGCUAUGAAGGUUUUUCAGAUGUGGUCUUACAGGGAAAUUCCUCCUCUUAGGUCCUGCCCUGUUAUUUUUCAAAAUGUAUUUUAUAAAAAGGGCCUGAGGAAGAUUGUGAGCAGCUCAGCACUAUAAGCAUCCAGUGUACAUGGAGUGGUCAAGUAUUAAAUAGUAGGGUGCCAAUAACUUGGUCCUUGGUCCAGUCUGAACAAUGACCACUUGGCUACAGCUUUGUGCAUACAUAGGAGUCCCUCAUCCAACCUCCCUAUGCACACCCCCUCACCCUUCCACCAUUUCUCAAUGCAAUGAAGUACAGUUAAACGUAGGUACUAUAACUAAGUCACUAAAAUUGGCAGUUUGCUUCGUUAUAUCAAAAUUUUGUUCUAUUGAUAUUCGACCUGUUGUGCAAAUAAGUACGGUUACUUCUGGAUUUUUCUAACUCAGAAGGGGCAUGAAAAUUUUUUGCAUUAUCGCGCAAUCAGAAAUAGCAAGCUUGAAUGUGAAAAAAAAUAAAAUUUUGUUGAAUUUGAGAGUCGGCGUCGAAAGAUACGGUUUCAUGAGGUGUCGACGAUAUGACAUCAAGUAACAGUGUUUGACUACGGUGGGACAGAGCUAUCAUGAAAAGCGCCGGCAGCGGGGAGCGAAUGUUUCAUCUGUUUCUCACUUGAAAACCCCUGCAAAACACGAGAUUACAGAACCUGUAGUACUAAGUGUGCGGGAAAACGGUGCACACAAUGCCACACCAUCUUGGCAUCCCUAAUCUUUGCACACCAGCAGAUUACCUCUAAAGAGCCCGCAGGCUGCUUAUGCACUCAGCCGUGCAUAGCCACGACCACGCUAGAAAAGGAGACACACGCCGACCUGCCCCCACUCCCUUCCCCACUUACGUGUGCUUGAUCACUUUACUGCGAGCUCGCUCCGCUCCCCCUCUUUCCUCUUGCUUGCACGGUUAGGCAGCGUUCAUCAAACCACCAUCUUCUCAGCUAACCCUCGCAUGCUUUCACUUGCAUCCAAAGCACCUGACUUUGCUUUGUACCGCCAAUGUAAAGAUAUCGUCAACAUGGCAUUACGUUACACUGUAACGGCAUGAAACCGUAUCUUUCGUCGCCGACUCUCAAAUUCAACGAAAUGAUAUAUCCUUUUUUUUUUUCUUUCAAUUCAAGUUCGCUUAUUUCGAUUGCCUGCCCAAUCAUUUGGAAAUGUUUCAGCCCCUUCUGUGUAGGAAAAAAAUCAUUGGUGACUUUACUUAUUAAUAAGCAUAAAAGGUUGACUUUCAAUGUAACAAAAUUUCAAUAUAAUGAAGCAAAUUACUGAUUUUACAGACUACUGUUAUAUUGAGGUUCAACUCUAGAAAUCAAAUGCGCACUCUAUUUUUUACCGACAAGAGUGUAGCAUGCCUCUGAUUCUGGCAAUCUGAAAAAAGAUGAAACCACCAUACUCUACCUUAUUGAGUCUAAAUUUAUUGACACCUAAUGUCCAUCGUCGUCAAUCUGUUGUCCUCCAUGCAGUCCAUUGUGCAUUUGAUAUUCUGCAUUUAUCAAAUGACUCUGCAACAAUCAUAGAUGGGAUGGUGGCCCACGCUUAGACUAAACGCAUUGCUAGUUCUUCUUGCGAUGCAUUCAUUUCCCCGAAAUGCUAAAAACGUGCUGUGGUUUGUUGCCACUAGCUCAACGUAUAAAGUAAACUGUCCUAAAUUAGCUUUUGUAAUCAAAGACUGAAAGUGGCACAUCAUCAUUUUCAUGCAGCAUGUUCUGCUGCCAUUUUGUGGUGGCAAUGGCCAUGACAUUGACUGUCUAGGCUGACUCUGACAGUAGGCUGUUGUUUUAGUUUCAUAUCCAGUUGCACUGUGCAGGCAAUUUUUUUGACCAAUCUUCGUGGAAAAAAAAAAGGCACACAUUACAAAUGGUAAUCAUUACUGUAAUCAUUCAGUAAUCAGUAAUGAAUGUUAAUCAUUGCAGUUAUCAUUCAUUGUGAGCUAUCGUUCUUGCUUGAAAAUCUUCUUAGCGCAGGUCAAGAACAGUCAUUUUUGGCAUGAAAAAAAUUUUUUAUGUCGAUUUUACGUACUCACUGUCCCCUAGCGCCAGCAAGACAGCCACUGCCGCCACUGCAGAGGAUAGGUCUUGUGCUUACAUGUUCUCUUUAACUUUGUGCCAGCCCGUAUAUGACAUAGUGAUGAACUCAGCAAUGACCUCAGUCAUGACAUUGUCGUCGUCAUUUCUCAUGACUUGUGCUGUUUACUUCUUGUACAUAAACUUGGUUAUAGCAAAAUGUAGAAAUAAAAUAGAACUUUUCAUGUUGCCUGGCAA